AUAAUGCCCAAAAACAUUUAGUCGAGAUUGGAGGAUUUGGCGUAGAUGCAACCGGAAAGAGAGUAGUUGUGGUUGCGACAAUAGACAAUUUGAAGGGCGCUGCUACUCCAGGCAUUACAGGAAUGUAUCGUUCCUUCUUAUACACAUGA